CAAAGACGCCAUUUUUAAGCACGAAAGAGAGAGAGAAAAUACAGAGAGAGAAAGAAGAGAGAGAUGGUUGGGUUCACCACCUGCAUUGACAUUUCGACGCUUCCCACCGAUAUGGAGGGUUUUUACGCGACCAACAACCAGUUCCAGAAAAGAGGUCCCAAGGGUUUCAUCCAAGUCAAGGUUCUCGACGACGACAAACUCUACGUGCGCGUCGACUUGCCCGGCGUUCCAGACGACGCUGUCCACCACAGGGUCGACGCCGUUAGGCAAAAGGUGGUGUUUUUCUCCGCGGUAACCUUCAACGACGGCUACGAGAAGCAGGGCGUUCGUGAGUACUCCGGAACCGCCGGUUUGGGUUGUGACUGCUGUGAGAUCACCGGCGUGGAGGCCAAGAUGAAAAAUGGAGUCUUGAGGAUGAUUCUCUCAAGAGUCAAGGUGAAGAAGGACCACGACAACAAGUGUACCAACACUGUCCCUCCUUUCACAGGUAAAUCCGGAGGACGUGUUGAGGAGCAUCCGUUUGUGGUGAAAGGUCGCAAGCGAGCCUUCGUUGGAGAACCAACAGCUGAUGGUGGUCUUUUCUUCGCUGUGGAUGUGCCUGGUGUUGGGGACGGUGAUGUUGAAGUGCUUGCUAAUGAGAGUGAAAUUAAAUUCACUGCUGAGGUCAAGAAUGUUUCCGAGCACGACGAGAGUGGCCGUCUUUACCUUGGAAGUGUCGACACUUCUUGGUCUGGUGACUCUGCAGCUAAUUCGCUUUUGAGUCAUAACAUCACCGGUGCUGUAAACUUUGGUGUUCUCAAGGUUCUCAUUUCCCCUCGUCCCAACACCGGCGGUAACAAUGAGUAAUCAUAUCUUUUCACGGCGGUAACAAUGAAUCUAUCCCCUUUUGUUUUAUGAGUACUUGGAUUGGAUUAGUCUUUGUGUGUUUUAAGUUGGGAUUUGAGACUUUUAUGGUUUAGUCCUGCUUUUGUGUUUGCUAUUAUGGAACUUAGUGAUUCGUGUCACUUGUUUUCACAA